AUGUCAGCCCACGAUCAUCUCUUUAAGCUCCUGAUUGUUGGCGAAUCUGGCGUAGGUAAGACAUGCAUGCUUCUCAGAUUUGCAGACAACAGCUUCGAGGAAAAUUUCUUAUCAACAAUUGGUGUCGAUUUUAAAGUUCGCGAAAUAGAUGUCGAUGGAAAGCGCGUCAAACUUCAGAUUUGGGACAGUGCCGGACAAGAAAGAUUCCGUAACAUUACAACAUCUUAUUAUAGGAAUUGCGGCGGAAUUAUUAUUGUUUACGAUAUCACACGCCACGAUACAUUCACCAAAGUUACUGAAUGGAUCGAGGAUGUUAGAAAGAUUACAUCAAACGUCCCACUCUUACUUGUUGGUAAUAAGGCAGAUCUCGAAGACAAGAGAGCUGUAACCGAGCAAGAGGCUAAGGAGUUGGCUAACAGAAUGGGCCUUGUUUUACUCGAGACAUCGGCUAAGACAGCCUUAAACAUUGAAGAUGCUUUUAAGCAGAUAUCAAGGCAGUUAAUCAAGGAGGCAGCAGCUAAGCCAAAGAGCGAUAACAAGAACCAGGUAUCGCUUGAUAAAAAACAAUCCAGUGGUAAGAAGUGCUGUUAA